AUGGCAAAAACGCCAGGAAUAUUCGUGGCUAUUACCGUUCUAUCCUUCUUGGGAUUUUUCUUCCAAGCAGCGGGGCUAGCCUUACCUUGGUGGUUUGUAAUCAAUGACAUAGUAUAUAUUGGAGUAUGGUACCUCGCCUACUGCUGGGGAGGAAACAUUGGGUCCGGCAACUGUUCAACAAUCACACUGAAUGCUGCGGACCAGGCUACCCAGCCGGGCAGUGAAGUAGCUCUCCAGUGGUUCUACGUGAUAUUCCAGGCCUGUGCGACGGCUGCAGUAGGCAUUGUGUUAUUGUGUACUCUUGGUCUUCUAUUUGGAGUCUGUUGUUCACUUAAGAACAAAUGUGCUUACGUGUUCUGCUGUGUAAACCUCUUUUUGUCAGGCCUCCUGGUGUGUCCAGCUUUAGCGUUUUUCGGCCUGGCCUAUAUCUACCUCGGCAGCUACUUUUUGAAGACAAUGUCGGCGACAACUUUCCCUUAUGCGGCGUUAGCGUCCGGCUUGGGAUGUUUUAUUACAUUUGUGACCGGUAUUACCCUUGCCAUAGCACUGUGUUCCUGGAAUACCUACAUGAGUGAGGACAAUUACGAUGAUUCUCAUGGAAUGCCUAUGACACAAAGCGGGAACACUGAAGGCUACAAUCAGGGCUACAACCAGGGUGGAUACAAUCAGGGCUACGACCAGGGUGGAUACAAUCAGGGCUACGACCAGGGUGGACACACGCAAGGCUAUGGCAACAAGGCAUACCAAGGACAAGGUUACGAAAAGCGUGCACAACAGCCUCAGUAUUCACAACCAAAGAUGUACAGACCUGUGGCAUCGCCACGGUACUGAAAAUAUCACAAUGCUAAUUAAAGUACGUGUUUUUACACUACAAACACAUUUUCCAGUAAUAAUGCUGUCAUUCACACGGUUGCACU